AUGAAGCUUAAACCACCGAAAGCAUUUUGUUCUGAAUCAUCGAUCCACGGAAUUCCUUAUUUUAGCAACAACAACAUUCAUUUGGCUGAGAAAAUCUUUUGGGCAAUUGUGACAAUUUUUUCGUUCAUUUGUUGCUUGCUGCUGAUUGGUAAAAUUAUGGUGAUGGUUCGUGAGGACUUGACUGUGACUUAUACAUCGGAUAUUUCAGUUCCUGUGACUCAGAUUCCAUUUCCAUCAGUCACAUUUUGCUUCGAAUUGAUGCAUUUUGGGAAUGUCACGUACUCAAAGUAUCAUGUCAUUAAGGAACAGCUAGCAAAUGGAGAAAUAACAGUUGAUGACUUGUCUGAAGAUGACUUGCGAACGCUUCAAGCAAUCAGUCUUGUCAUAUCCGAUGACUUUCUACUCAAAUACAAUGCCACACGGAUCCCAACUGAUGAUAUUGCUGACCAAAUUGAAAUGCUAACUUUACAACUGAAAUACUUAAUGAUUAAGACCACAUUUAGUGAUGUUUAUGCUACAGUGCUGGCCAAAAUUGUCGGUCCGAGUGGAGUCUGCUAUAACUUUAAUAUGGUUGAUGCACAAAACUUGUACAAAAAUGUUAAGAAUGCACCAAGAAUGUUUAGAUAUGUCCACAAUAUUUUGUACUUUACUAGGGUUGGAAAGUAUGAACGAACUCCGGUUGACCAUAAAAAAAUUAAUCUGUCAAAUCCAUUAAAAUUGACGCAAGCAGACUCGACGUUUUUUCUACGAAUCGGAACCUAUGAAAAAAGCAUGAAGGAUACAUUAAAUGAAAUGAUGGACGGCUAUGAUUACUACAAGUUUGCAUCCCCAAGAGUCUACAUCAACAAUCCAUACGAAUUGUACCAUAAAGAUGUCAGUUCAUUCUAUAAUAACAGAAGAUGCAGAAUCAUGUACAUUGUGGAACCAAAGCAGACCUUAAUUGAUACUAAUUUAAAGGAUUAUGGAUCUGAUGCACGAGGUUGUUAUUUCGUUGCUGAUGGUGUCGAGCAUGGCGAAGAUGAACGAAUUUUGAAGUAUUUUAAUAUUUACACAAAAGGGAACUGCAAGCAGGAAUGCCUCAUUAAUCGAACCUUGGAAGUUUGUGGAUGUGUACAGUUCUUCAUGUUUCAUGUGGAAUCAACCAGAGUUUGUGGAAUUCAUGACAUGGCGUGCUACAAGCAAGUUGAAGCUGAGCUAGAUGGUGUGGAUUUAUGCAAAUGUUACCCAGCAUGUGAUGAAAUCAUCUAUAAUGUGGAACGAGUCGUUCCUGAUUAUGUGAUGUUUUGGAUCCUCUGCCUUGGCUUUUCACUCCUCUACUGUGGAAUCUCAUCAUAUGAGAUGUACGAGAAGUAUGAUCAAGCUACAAUAGCUAUAACCUACGAUUCUGACGAGAGUUCUGUCGAAACUAUUCCAUUUCCAGCUGUAUUUCUGUCACCUGAAGUUGAUAUACCUUAUGAUUUGGUCUCAAUGACUUGGAGAAAUGAGUUUAUGGGCAGAAGCCGAGAACAAGUGUUGACUGUUUUAAAAUACGGCGGUUAUUUGGCUUUUUACAUGAUUCCAUCACUUCUGUGCGGCUAUAGAUUUGCUCUUGAACCUAUCGAACAUAUGGACGCAGGAUUUCAAGACCAUUUAGUUGCACUGAUACUUAUUAAGACUAAAAAUGCUUGGAUUAGGAACCAGACUGUGAUUUGGAAUGACAAAUACCUUCCACAGACUUUUGAGUUUUUAGGUCGGAAUGGAUUUGGAUAUGCUUUUAAUAUGAUGAGUGCUGAUAAGAUGUAUUAUAAUGGUGUUUCAGAAAAUUUCACAAAAGCUAUCCUUAAAUACAACUUUAAUGUCAGUGAAGAGUCUAAGGAUUUAGAAAUAAUUCCAUACGAGCAGUAUCCAUUGUAUGGUAAUGGAAAGACAAGCCUUAAGAUAACAUUAGACAAGAACAAGCUUGUUAAAUACAAAACCAUUUGUCAACCUCCAUUCUUUAGUGUUUAUCCGCCAUUUGAAUUUCCUUUUGAAUACGAUGACGACAACACCAAUAAAUUCUAUUAUGGACAAGAUUUGGAUGUGCUGAUUACACCUGAAGUCAUCAAAUCUGACGAAAGUUUGAAGAAAUUCACACCUGAAAAACGGAACUGCUACUUUGAAGGAGAAAAAACUCUUAAAAUGUUCAAAAUCUACUCGAGAAGGAACUGCGAACUCGAAUGCUUGGCAAACUAUUUUCUGGGAUUAAAUGAGACCAAAUGUGUGCCUUACUAUUUAAUCCGCAACCAAACUCACAAGAUUUGUCGAAUUGAAAAAUAUUUUGAAAUUAAUUUUCAAGCAUUUGAUUUUUAUCAAAGAGACCCUCGAAAAUCAGUUUCUAAAGCACAUAUAGAUGAGUGUGGAUGCCUUGAUGCUUGCAAUGCUAUUCGGUAUGACAUCAAUGUUAUCGAGACUAGAGUUUUAGGUGGAAUUGGCGACGAUGACAAUGCAUCAAUAACAAUCACAUUCAGAUACAAAAAUGACAAUUUUUUGCCUCUCGUUCGUCGAAUUUCGUUCACAAUUGAAGACUUUUUGUGUCAAGCUGGCGGACUUCUUGGACUUUAUGCUGGCAUUUCUGCACUAUCGGUUGUUGAGUUGCUGUAUUUUGUUACUAUUCGGCCGUUGUUUAAUUUUUAUCGAUGGAUUUUGAGGAAAAUUAACAAAUCAGAACGAAAUUCAUUAAAGAUGAAGCUUAAACCACCGAAAGCAUUUUGUUCUGAAUCAUCGAUCCACGGAAUUCCUUAUUUUAGCAACAACAACAUUCAUUUGGCUGAGAAAAUCUUUUGGGCAAUUGUGACAAUUUUUUCGUUCAUUUGUUGCUUGCUGCUGAUUGGUAAAAUUAUGGUGAUGGUUCGUGAGGACUUGACUGUGACUUAUACAUCGGAUAUUUCAGUUCCUGUGACUCAGAUUCCAUUUCCAUCAGUCACAUUUUGCUUUGAAUUGAUGCAUUUUGGGAAUGUCACGUACUCAAAGUAUCAUGUCAUUAAGGAACAACUAGCAAAUGGAGAAAUAACAGUUGAUGACUUGUCUGAAGAUGACUUGCGAACGCUUCAAGCAAUCAGUCUUGUCAUAUCCGAUGACUUUCUACUCAAAUACAAUGCCACACGGAUCCCAACUGAUGAUAUUGCUGACCAAAUUGAAAUGCUAACUUUACAACUGAAAUACUUAAUGAUUAAGACCACAUUUAGUGAUGUUUAUGCUACAGUGCUGGCCAAAAUUGUCGGUCCGAGUGGAGUCUGCUAUAACUUUAAUAUGGUUGAUGCACAAAACUUGUACAAAAAUGUUAAGAAUGCACCAAGAAUGUUUAGAUAUGUCCACAAUAUUUUGUACUUUACUAGGGUUGGAAAGUAUGAACGAACUCCGGUUGACCAUAAAAAAAUUAAUCUGUCAAAUCCAUUAAAAUUGACGCAAGCAGACUCGACGUUUUUUCUACGAAUCGGAACCUAUGAAAAAAGCAUGAAGGAUACAUUAAAUGAAAUGAUGGACGGCUAUGAUUACUACAAGUUUGCAUCCCCAAGAGUCUACAUCAACAAUCCAUACGAAUUGUACCAUAAAGAUGUCAGUUCAUUCUAUAAUAACAGAAGAUGCAGAAUCAUGUACAUUGUGGAACCAAAGCAGACCUUAAUUGAUACUAAUUUAAAGGAUUAUGGAUCUGAUGCACGAGGUUGUUAUUUCGUUGCUGAUGGUGUCGAGCAUGGCGAAGAUGAACGAAUUUUGAAGUAUUUUAAUAUUUACACAAAAGGGAACUGCAAGCAGGAAUGCCUCAUUAAUCGAACCUUGGAAGUUUGUGGAUGUGUACAGUUCUUCAUGUUUCAUGUGGAAUCAACCAGAGUUUGUGGAAUUCAUGACAUGGCGUGCUACAAGCAAGUUGAAGCUGAGCUAGAUGGUGUGGAUUUAUGCAAAUGUUACCCAGCAUGUGAUGAAAUCAUCUAUAAUGUGGAACGAGUCGUUCCUGAUUAUGUGAUGUUUUGGAUCCUCUGCCUUGGCUUUUCACUCCUCUACUGUGGAAUCUCAUCAUAUGAGAUGUACGAGAAGUAUGAUCAAGCUACAAUAGCUAUAACCUACGAUUCUGACGAGAGUUCUGUCGAAACUAUUCCAUUUCCAGCUGUAUUUCUGUCACCUGAAGUUGAUAUACCUUAUGAUUUGGUCUCAAUGACUUGGAGAAAUGAGUUUAUGGGCAGAAGCCGAGAACAAGUGUUGACUGUUUUAAAAUACGGCGGUUAUUUGGCUUUUUACAUGAUUCCAUCACUUCUGUGCGGCUAUAGAUUUGCUCUUGAACCUAUCGAACAUAUGGACGCAGGAUUUCAAGACCAUUUAGUUGCACUGAUACUUAUUAAGACUAAAAAUGCUUGGAUUAGGAACCAGACUGUGAUUUGGAAUGACAAAUACCUUCCACAGACUUUUGAGUUUUUAGGUCGGAAUGGAUUUGGAUAUGCUUUUAAUAUGAUGAGUGCUGAUAAGAUGUAUUAUAAUGGUGUUUCAGAAAAUUUCACAAAAGCUAUCCUUAAAUACAACUUUAAUGUCAGUGAAGAGUCUAAGGAUUUAGAAAUAAUUCCAUACGAGCAGUAUCCAUUGUAUGGUAAUGGAAAGACAAGCCUUAAGAUAACAUUAGACAAGAACAAGCUUGUUAAAUACAAAACCAUUUGUCAACCUCCAUUCUUUAGUGUUUAUCCGCCAUUUGAAUUUCCUUUUGAAUACGAUGACGACAACACCAAUAAAUUCUAUUAUGGACAAGAUUUGGAUGUGCUGAUUACACCUGAAGUCAUCAAAUCUGACGAAAGUUUGAAGAAAUUCACACCUGAAAAACGGAACUGCUACUUUGAAGGAGAAAAAACUCUUAAAAUGUUCAAAAUCUACUCGAGAAGGAACUGCGAACUCGAAUGCUUGGCAAACUAUUUUCUGGGAUUAAAUGAGACCAAAUGUGUGCCUUACUAUUUAAUCCGCAACCAAACUCACAAGAUUUGUCGAAUUGAAAAAUAUUUUGAAAUUAAUUUUCAAGCAUUUGAUUUUUAUCAAAGAGACCCUCGAAAAUCAGUUUCUAAAGCACAUAUAGAUGAGUGUGGAUGCCUUGAUGCUUGCAAUGCUAUUCGGUAUGACAUCAAUGUUAUCGAGACUAGAGUUUUAGGUGGAAUUGGCGACGAUGACAAUGCAUCAAUAACAAUCACAUUCAGAUACAAAAAUGACAAUUUUUUGCCUCUCGUUCGUCGAAUUUCGUUCACAAUUGAAGACUUUUUGUGUCAAGCUGGCGGACUUCUUGGACUUUAUGCUGGCAUUUCUGCACUAUCGGUUGUUGAGUUGCUGUAUUUUGUUACUAUUCGGCCGUUGUUUAAUUUUUAUCGAUGGAUUUUGAGGAAAAUUAACAAAUCAGAACGAAAUUCAUUAAAGAUGAAGCUUAAACCACCGAAAGCAUUUUGUUCUGAAUCAUCGAUCCACGGAAUUCCUUAUUUUAGCAACAACAACAUUCAUUUGGCUGAGAAAAUCUUUUGGGCAAUUGUGACAAUUUUUUCGUUCAUUUGUUGCUUGCUGCUGAUUGGUAAAAUUAUGGUGAUGGUUCGUGAGGACUUGACUGUGACUUAUACAUCGGAUAUUUCAGUUCCUGUGACUCAGAUUCCAUUUCCAUCAGUCACAUUUUGCUUUGAAUUGAUGCAUUUUGGGAAUGUCACGUACUCAAAGUAUCAUGUCAUUAAGGAACAACUAGCAAAUGGAGAAAUAACAGUUGAUGACUUGUCUGAAGAUGACUUGCGAACGCUUCAAGCAAUCAGUCUUGUCAUAUCCGAUGACUUUCUACUCAAAUACAAUGCCACACGGAUCCCAACUGAUGAUAUUGCUGACCAAAUUGAGACAUUAACUUUAUCACUAAAAAACUUAAUAAUUACUACUACAUUUAGUGAUAUUUAUGCUGCAGUGCUGGCCAAAAUUGUCGGUCCGAAUGGAGUAUGCUUUAACUUUAACAUGGUUGGUGCUCAACAUUUGUACAAAAAUAUCAAAGAUGCGCCAAAAAUGUUCAAGUAUGUCCACAACAUUCUUUAUUACACAAGAGUUGAAAAGUUUCUUCGAGCACCGAUUCGUCAUAAGGACCUAAACCUUACAAAUCCACUCAAAUUGACUCAAGCUGAUUCAAACUUUUAUCUUAAAAUUGGUGCCCUCGAAAAAACUAUGAAAGAUACUUUGGAUGUUAUGAUGAACACUUAUGAUUACUAUAAGUUUCCAUCUCCAAGAGUCUACAUUAAUAAUCCUUAUGAGAUUUACAACAGGGAUGUCAGUUCUUACUAUAGCUAUCGUAAGAGCAGAAUCGUUUACAUUGUGGAACCAAAGCAGAUUCUAAUUGAUGAUAAUUUGAAGAAUUAUGGACCUGAUGCACGAGGCUGCUAUUUUAUUGCUGAUGGUGUCGAGCAUGGCGAAGAUGAACGAAUUUUGAAGUAUUUUAAUAUUUACACAAAGGGGAACUGCAAACAGGAAUGCCUCAUUAAUCGGACCUUGGAAGUUUGUGGAUGUGUUCAGUUCUUCAUGUUUCAUGUGGAAUCAACCAGAGUUUGUGGAAUUCAUGAUAUGGCGUGCUACAAGCAAGUUGAAGAUGAACUGGAUAGAAACGAUUUAUGUAUAUGUUAUCCAGCAUGUGGUGAGAUCAUCUACAGUGUUGAAAGAGUCGUACCGGAUUAUUUUAAACGAGUUUAUUUGGAGUUUUGGGAUGGAAUUCUUGAAAGAUUCAGCAACGACUACUUCGAUUCAUUCACAAUCGUUAAAUUUCGGUCAAUUUCAUAUUCACCGAACGUAAUAAAGCGUCAGUUUACAGAAAUUGACUUCAUUGCUUACACUGGAGGUGCCUUCGGAUUAUUCUUAGGAGUGUCAAUCUUGUCUUUUGUUGAAGUUGUUUACUACUCGACUGUCAGGUUACUAUUCAACUGGAUAAGAGAUAAGAGGAAGAGAAUGAAGACUGGGAUUGUUGAUACAGUUGAGCUACAAGACACUAAGAUGAGCUAUGUGAUGUUCUAUUUUAACAUUUCUACUGUUCAUGGAAUGAGGAAUAUACGAAACUUGGAUAUAGAAUUUGAAGUUCCUUUAACUUGGAUGAUAUUCAAGGCUGCCAAAGGUUAUUGGUUUGAAGAGCAAACUGUAAUUUGGAAUGAAAAGUACCGUCCGGAAAUGUUUGAGUUUUUAGGACGGAAUGGAUAUGGAUUUGUGUUUAACAUGAUGAGUCCUGAUAAGAUGUACCAAGACGGUGUUUCAGAAAAUUUUACAUUACUUGAAUUCACUUACAACUUCAAUACCAGCGAAGAAGCCAAAGAUUUUGAGUUUAUUCCUUAUCAACACUACCCACUUUAUGGACAUGGACGAUCAAGUCUAAAAAUGACACUUCAUAAGAAUAAAUAUGUUCAAUUCAGAAGCAUCUGCCAGCCAAUGUUCUUUAGUGUUUAUCCACCAUUUGAGUUUCCUGGUGAAUAUGAAGACGUUGACACCAACAAAUUCUAUUAUGGACAAGAUUUGGAAGUGCUGAUUACACCUGAAGUCAUCAAAUCUGACGAAAGUUUGAAGAAAUUCACACCUGAAAAACGGAACUGCUACUUUGAAGGCGAAAAAACUCUUAAAAUGUUCAAAAUCUACUCGAGAAGGAACUGCGAACUUGAAUGCUUGACUAAAUAUUAUCUUCAAGAGAAUGCAACUCGGUGUGCGCCUUACUAUGCGAUCCGGAAUCAAACUCACAAGAUCUGCCGCAUCAGAGAUAAUUUUGAUGUUAUUUUUACAAAAUAUUAUUUUCUGCAGAACCUGUCACACACAAUUGAUAGAAAAGAAAUUUACCUGCACACUUGUGGAUGUCUUGACACUUGCAAUGAUAUUCAAUAUAAAGUAGAAGUCAUUGAGACUAAACUUCCUGGUGGAAUUGGCGAUAAAGAGAAUGCAUCAAUAACAAUCACAUUCAGAUACAAAAAUGACAAAUUUUUGCCUCUCGUUCGUCGAAUUUCGUUCACAAUUGAAGACUUCUUGUGUCAAGCUGGCGGACUUCUUGGACUUUAUGCUGGCAUUUCUGCACUUUCAGUUGUUGAGUUGCUGUAUUUUAACAAAUCAGAACUCAAUUCAUUAAAGAUGAAGCUUAAACCACCGAAAGCAUUUUGUUCUGAAUCAUCGAUCCACGGAAUUCCUUAUUUUAGCAACAACAACAUUCAUUUGGCUGAGAAAAUCUUUUGGGCAAUUGUGACAAUUUUUUCAUUCAUUUGUUGCUUGCUGCUGAUUGGUAAAAUUAUGGUGAUGGUUCGUGAGGACUUGACUGUGACUUAUACAUCGGAUAUUUCAGUUCCUGUGACUCAGAUUCCAUUUCCAUCAGUCACAUUUUGCUUUGAAUUGAUGCAUUUUGGGAAUGUCACGUACUCAAAGUAUCAUAUCAUUAAGGAACAACUAGCAAAUGGAGAAAUAACAGUUGAUGACUUGUCUGAAGAUGACUUGCGAACGCUUCAAGCAAUCAGUCUUAUCAUAUCCGAUGACUUUCUACUCAAAUACAAUGCCACACGGAUCCCAACUGAUGACAUUGCUGACCAAAUUGAGACAAUAACUUUAUCACUUCGAAAUUUAAUCGUCACGAGCACAUUCAGUGAUAUUUAUGCUACAAUACUUUCAAAAAUUGUCGGUCCGAGUGGAGUCUGCUACAACUUUAACAUGGUUGAUGCACAAAAUUUGUACAAGAACAUUAAUGAGGCACCAAGCAUGUUUAAGUAUGUUCACAACAUUCUUUAUUACACAAGAGUUGAAAAAUUUCUUCGAGCACCAAUCCAUUAUAAGGAGCUUAACCUUACAAAUCCACUCAAAUUGACCCAAGCUGACUCAAAGUUUGAACUCAAGAUUAGUGCUUUUGAUAAAACGAUGAAGAAUACAUUAGAUGACAUGCUGAACACAUACGAUUACUACAAAUUUGCAUCCCCAAGAGUCUACAUCAACAAUCCAUACGAGUUAUAUCAUAAAGAUGUCAGUUCAUUCUACAGCAACAGAAGAAGCAGAAUCGUUUACAUUGUGGAACCAAAGCAGAUUCUAAUUGAUGAUAAUUUGAAGGAUUAUGGACCUAAUGCACGAGGCUGCUAUUUUAUUGCUGAUGGUGUCGAGCAUGGCGAAGAUGAACGAAUUUUGAAGUAUUUUAAUAUUUACACAAAAGGGAACUGCAAACAGGAAUGCCUCAUUAAUCGGACCUUGGAAGUUUGUGGAUGUGUUCAGUUCUUCAUGUUUCGCGAAGAGUCAACCCGAGUUUGUGGUAUUCAUGACAUGGAAUGCUACAAGAAAGUUGAAGCUGAACUGGACAGUUCCGAUUUGUGCAAAUGUUUUCCAUUUUGUGGUGAAAUCAUUUAUGAUGUGGAAAGAGUUGUGCCUGAUUAUGUGAAACGAGUUGAUUUGGAUUUUUUUGAUGCAUUUCUUGAGAAAACCAGAAAAGAUAAUGUCGAUUCUUACACUAUGGUCAAGUUCCGAUCAAUAACAUUUUUCCCAUACAUUAUAAGACGACAAUUCACUGAAAUUGACUUCAUUGCUUACACUGGAGGUGCAUUUGGACUAUUUUUAGGUAUAUCAAUAUUGUCUUUUGUGGAAAUUGUUUACUACUCAACGAUAAGGAUCGUUUUCAACUGGAUAAGAGACAGGAAGAAGAGAAUGAUAAUUAGAGAUGUUAAUGCAAUUGAGCUACAAGACACUAAGAUGAGCUAUAUUCCAUUUCCUGCUGUAUUCUUGUCACCGGAAGUUGAUAUACCUUUUCCAUUGGUCUCCAUGGCAUGGACUGCAAGAGUUAGAGGAUUAAGUCAAAAUCUAAUUAUAAGACAAUAUAAAUAUAUGAAAAUAUUGAAUAGAUACUUGAUUCCAUCACUGCUUUGCAACUACCAAUUUGCAUUAGAGCCGAUAACAAACCUAGAUGUAGGAUUUGAGGACUUAUUAGUAUUAAUGAUUCUCAUUGAAACAAAAGCUUAUUGGUUUGAGAACCAAACUGCGAUUUGGAAUGAUAAAUACCGUCCGCAAAUGGUGGAUUUCUUGGGUAGGAAUGGAUAUGGAUUUGCUUUUAACAUGAUGAGUCCUGAUAAGAUGUAUCAAGAAGGUGUUUCAGAAAAUUUUACAAAAAUCCGGUUCACUUUCAACUUUAACAAUAGUGAAGAAUCCAAGGAUUUAGAAUUUAUUCCAUCCCAGCAGUAUCCACUGCAUGGACAUGGACGAUCGAACCUUAAAAUUAAAUUAGACAAGAACAAAUAUGUUCAAUACAAAAGCAUUUGUCAGCCAAUGUUCUUUAGUGUUUAUCCACCAUUUGAGUUUCCUGGUGAAUAUGAAGACGUUGACACCAAUAAAUUCUAUUAUGGACAAGAUUUGGAAGUGCUGAUUACACCUGAAGUCAUCAAAUCUGAAGAAAGUUUAAAGAAGUUUACACCUGAAAAACGGAACUGCUACUUUGAAGGCGAAAAAACUCUUAAAAUGUUUAAAAUCUACUCGAGAAGGAACUGCGAACUUGAAUGCUUGACAAAUUUUUACCUGGAAUUAAAUGAAACUCAAUGUGUGCCUUACUAUGUGAUCCGCAAUCAAACCCACAAGAUAUGUCGUAUCGAGAAGAACUACGACAUUAUUUUCAGAAAAUAUCGAUUUUUACAGAACCUGUCAUACACUAAUGACAUUGAAGAAAUUUACCUGCACACUUGUGGAUGUCUUGACACUUGCAAUGACAUUCAAUAUAAAGUAGAAGUCAUCGAGACUAGAGUUUUAGGUGAAAUUGGCGACGAUGACAAUGCAUCAAUAACAAUCACAUUCAGAUACAAAAAUGACAAUUUUUUGCCGCUCGUUCGUCGAAUUUCGUUCACAAUUGAAGACUUUUUGUGUCAAGCUGGCGGACUUCUUGGACUUUAUGCUGGCAUUUCUGCACUUUCGGUUGUUGAGUUGCUGUAUUUUGUUACUAUUCGGCCGUUGUUUAAUUUUUAUCGAUGGAUUUUGAGGAAGAUUUUGAAGAAAUGCUAG